AUGAAUGCUCGUUGCAGUGCAUUUCAAAGGCGUGUGAACGAGAUUCGAGUCGAGAACUCGGACGGACGGAAAUUUGUGCCCGAAAAGGAAUAUUUCGAGCUGCUUUCUAGAAAAACGGUCGAAGACAUCAUUCGUGGAGACUUGCCGGUUUAUCACCUAGACGAGGUUGUCGACUUUGUGAUCAAGGACGCUCGGAAAGUUUUUGGAAUCCUUGCCUUGAUAGGAGCCAUCACUCAUCUCGACCAAUUCAUCCGAAAGGAUCAGUACCGCAACCGACCUACAGACGACCUUCUCCCUUUUGCAAAGGACACUCUCAAGGGAGUCCUUCAAGAUGCCUAUUAUGUUGAAUUAUUCUUCGAGAAGCAGUGGGAAUUCUGUGUCCCAGUAAUUUCAGGCAGAAUCAUGCCCCGCCUGCUGGAGCUGCAUACCAUCCUGCCGUACCUGGAAGAUACUGUCAUGGGUUCUGGAAGUUCUGGUUCUGUAUCGAUGAUUAAGAUACAUCCUUCUCACCAACCUCAAUCCUUUGAAGGCACCACCAAUUUCGUCCGAAAAGAGUACGACUUCGAUGAUACCACGUAUGACAACGAGAUUCGCGUUCUCUCUACGCUGCAGCUUCUCAAGAAUCCAAAUAUCUUACAACUUGUCGGGUGUUACACCUACAAAUCCAAGCACAAUUUGAUUUCUCCUUAUGUCACUGGUGGAACGCUUCGCACUUAUUUGGCGAAUCCGAAACCUGAAGGUCUGUCCCAGGAGCGAAUACUGUGUUCUCUUUCAGGUCUCGCCUGUGGACUCUGGGCCCUACAUGAACUGGUCCUUGACAAUAACGAACCAUCACAUAAAGGCCACCAUCAAGAUCUUAGCCUGGACAACGUUCUCGUCGAAGGGGAUCGUUUCAUCCUUGCGGAUUUUGGACUCUCGAGCAUCCGAAACAUCAAAGAGUCCUCUUUGACUCCAUUCAAAGGCCGGCGCGAUUAUUGUCAGGCACCCGAAUGUGUGGACCUCAGACGUCCAUAUCAAGAGCGUGAUACAACUCGAGCUACCGAUAUCUUCUCUCUAGGCUGCAUCGCAGCUGAUGUACUUGUCUAUCUGGUGAAAGGUCCGUCCGGGGUGAAAGAGUUCCGUGAUGCUCGAGCCUUUACGAUGCCUCCGAUGUGCUAUUUUUUGUACCACAAUGGCGACGCUCCAAAUACCGCGGUGAGUACCUGGCUUCAGGGCAUUGCGCAAGAAAGUGGCAGUCAAAGCAUUCAAGACGUCGUACAACUCAUCACCGAGAUGCUCGAGAUUUCUCCUCAAAGUCGACCUUCAGCCUCAAUGGUCAUGGCGAGACUUUGUGUCAGCACCAUUAAAGCCUAUUCGGAACGCUUCUCAACAUUGUUUUCAAAAUUAGCCUCAUCACCAGGCGCUACCAUUGAAGAAGCCCGAUUUGUCAGUUGGCAGCACUGUCAAGAUCUUGAGCUCUACUCGGAUUCACUCGGCGCAACGCAAACUGGAGAAUAUUUUCACUCAACAGUUCAAAUCCUGCGUCAGUUCCACAGGUCACUAGAAAACAUCAGGACCGGCAACUCAACCUCGAGCAGUCAGCCCUUUUUGGAAGUGAGCAUAUUGAACACACAGUUACUGAACCACCUGAGUCCUAAACGACGAUCCAGUGCAGGCUCCUGGCUUGAAUCGAUAGUGCUCUCGAAAUUACCGUCCAAUCCCCAGCAGCCAGCUCCUGUGCUUGAAAUGCUCAAACCUUCGUUAGGUGAUUCCAGGAUCAGCCGCUUGGCAGAAAUAAGACAUCGAGUUGCGGAGCUUGAAGACACCUCAUCACCAUCAGCCGACGUCUCAACUUACUUCCUACAUGACCCCAUUACUUACACAGGAAACAUUGGCCAGUAUACAUCUGCGAUCGUCACAGACAAGGUCUCUGGACAAGAUCGACCUGUUGUGGUCGAGAGUGUACAUUAUCAAGAUGUCUACCGUCGUCGACAUCUCGAAUUCCGUAUCGAUGGCCUUUGCCGUCUGUUAACGGAUCAACACCUUGCUCCACAGCUCCGAGUACUUCCGUUCGUUGGCAUAUACGACAAUAAGGCCAAUUUCUGCUUCGAUUUGGUCUACGGUUAUCCAACGCAGCAUCAGGAAGACCUGGCCCAGCUACGGCCUAUUUCGCUUCAUGAAUUGCUCGAGAAGCAUGAGAUUCUCGAGCGUCCUCCCUGGGAAAGCCGUGUGCAGUUGAGUCUGGAGCUCACAGAGUCCCUUGUCGCAUUUCACGAUGUGAACUGGUACCACAAAGAUCUCACGCCUUUCAACGUGCUUUUUUUCCACAACAGGGUAGGACCAGUUGCACCACGUGUGCAUCAACUCUAUCUUAUCGGUUUCCAACACAGUCACAACGCCGCCGAUGACCUGACAGAGGGUCCACUGCAAGACCGCAGACAUCAGCGCUAUCAUCAUCCACAAUAUAUCGAUGUACAAGACCACAACUUCAAACGGUUCCGACCUCACUUUGACUGGUAUAGUCUCGGCAUCCUGCUUGUUGAAGUCGGCUUUUGGUCACCGAUAGACAAAAUCAUGAGCCGAUUUGAUAAAGUCGACAAUCAGACCUUUUCCAAUGUCCUGUUGCAACAGAAAGUCCCCGAAUUGUCGUUUCUAAUGGGAUCAGCAUAUGCAAAUGUCGUCAGAGCCUGCCUCACGGGCGUGCAAAGCAGCCGGGACAUGGACACUCAAAAGGGGUCGAAGUCACCAAUCAGUCUCCUACUCAAAGAGAGGGUUGUCGCCCCGUUGAAGGAAUUCUGUGUUUCUCACAUACGAGAGGUCGGCAGAAAGCGAAGAAGGGAAGAAGACGACUAG